AUGUCAAGUUUCAGUUCAUCGUCGUGCUCCCCGUUCACCAGAGCAGUUGUGAACUCGAUAAAGAAGCUAUACCCAGAACAAUUAGCAGAUAAAUCAUUUGAUAAUACUGGCUUGCUCCUGGAAUCCCCAUUUAAUUUCGCGAAGCGGCAGAAUAAUUCAGUCUUAUUGACGAUUGACUUGACGAGGGCUGUGGCUGAUGAAGCAAUUGAGCGUGGGGAUUCCAUUAUCAUCGCAUAUCACCCAAUCAUCUUCCGGGGUUUCAAGUCCCUGACUUUAAACGAUCCUCAACAAGACUCUCUUCUCCGCCUCGCCCAAAACGGCAUAAGCGUCUAUAGCCCUCACACAGCCGUAGACUCGGUUCCUGGGGGGAUGGCAGAUUGGCUCUUAGACAUUGUCACAGGCCCUGAAGGGAUUUCAGGUGACCAGAUCUCACAUUCUCGGAGCAUAAUCCAUCCCGAAAUAAAUCCACCACCUGGGUUUGAGAAUGCGGGCAUGGGCCGAAUAGCCAAGCUUGAGAAACCUGGCCAAUUGCUGUCAAUCAUCAACAGACUUAUCUUAAAGUUAGAUAAACCUAGCGGUAUCCCAGUUGCAUUGCCACAGGGAAAGAGGAUACAUGAAAUAACCAACAUCCGCACCAUAGCUACAUGUCCUGGUUCCGGCUCGUCGAUCCUGAUGAAUAAUAGGAAACCCGUUGCGGACGUGUUGGUCACGGGUGAGAUGAGCCAUCAUGAUGCUCUGGCAGCAAUUGAGAAUAGGGCUGUUGUAAUUUCUGUUUUUCAUUCGAAUUCUGAGCGCGGCUAUCUGCGGGCAGUUAUGCAACCGAAGUUGGAAGCGGCGCUGCGGGGUGAGUGGGAUGCGGUACGUGCGGAAGAAGCUUGCUCGCUGGAGGGGAAUGAUGGCGAUAGGUAUUUGAGAGAUUGGCUGAGUGAUGCAAAUUUUACCGUUAGUGUUAGUGAGAGGGAUCAGGAUCCUUACGAAGUUAGGGCAAAAAAGGAUUGA